UGUAACAUGAGCGGGCUAAAAUGAUGGACGGAGUGGAUUUCAUAAGAGUAUCUCGGUAGGCCCCACAGAGCUUCAGUUCACAGGCACUCGCGUCCCUCGAGUACCACCUUCCAAACCCUUCUUCCUCACCUUUCCUCUACCAAAUCAAAACAAAAAUCCUCUGCAUCGGAUACUCAGCCUUCGAAUCUCUUCGUGAGAAAAUGGCGUUAGAUAAUCCCGCAGAUGAAGAAGAGAAGAAGUCAGAGUAUCCUUUGGUUUCGAAGCCCCCUCCAGAUUCUAAAGAUGAGAUUCGCGUGCUUUCCGAAUCCAAUUCUUCUCAGAAGCAGAAGCAGAAGCAGAAGGAUAUUUCUCCCGCCAAACCCUCUCGCUCCGCCAUAGAAUUCAUUCUCUCCAUCGCUAGGAAGCUCUCAGCUCAGCCUCUCCAGAAUUCAGAGCCAGGCGCGUGGGGAGUCCUCACCGCCAUCUCCGCCAACGCUCGCAAACGCCCGCAGGGUAUGAAUAUUCUUUUGAGUGCCGAUGAACAUUGGCUGGGUCGAUUAGUAGGGGACACACGUUUCCAAAUUGAAGGAGGUGCUGUCAGCGCAAAUCAUUGCAAAAUUUAUAGGAAGCAUGUUGCAGCCAAAGAUGUGGAGCAGACUUCCAAUCUCACCACUGUCUUUUUGAAAGAUAAUAGCACUAAUGGAACAUUUCUUAACUGGGAAAAGCUGAAGAAACAAAGUCCUGAAGCUCAAGUCCAGCAUGGAGAUAUCAUAUCUUUUGUUGCUGCUCCUCAUAAUGAACUUGCUCUAGCAUUUGUAUACCGAGAAAUUUGCAAAUCCGGUGACUUGGAAAAUGGUUCAGCUUUGAAAAGAAAAUCAGAUGAAUUUGUUUCUGAAAAUAAGAGGUUAAAGGGCCUUGGCAUUGGUGCACCUGAGGGUCCCAUAUCACUUGAUGAUGUUCGAAGUCUUCAACGAUCCAAUACGGACUUGAGGAAGCAACUAGAAUCUCAUGUUCACACAAUUGAGACAUUGCGCAGUGAAACUCGGGCUGCUGUUGUUCGUCAUGAAAAUGAGGUGAAAGAGCUGAAGGAAUCAGUUUCACUAUCUUACCUUGAUAAAAUUAAGGAGUUGCAGCAUGAGUUGGAGGUUAAACAGAAGGAACUUGCUGAAGUGAGUACCAUAUCAGCCGAACGACAACAUGCUGUUGAGGAUCUCAAUGAAAGACUUAGCGCAUCUAUCCAAUCACGUGUAGAUGCUGAUGAGAUAAUUCAUAGUCAGAAGGCAACUAUCUCUGAACUUGAAGUACAGUUAGAUGAUGAACGAAACCAGAGAAGGGAAGAGCGAGAAAAGGCUGUGGCAGAUCUAAAAGCAGCAUUACAAAGAGCUCAAGCAGAAGCUCAAGAGGAAAUAAAGCGACAGGCUGAUGCUGCCUUAAGACAAGAAAGAGAGCUGCAAGAAGUUAUUAGUAAGCUUCAGGAAUCAGAUAAAGAAAGCCGUGCACUUGUAGAGACUCUGAGAUCCAAACUGGAAGAUGCUAGAGAGAGUGUUGUUGUGUCUGAGAAGAAAGUAAGGCAACUAGAAGCUCAGCUUCAUGAAGAACAACUAGCUGCUGCAAAUGGCAGAAAAAAAGCAGAACUUCUGGAGUCAGAGGUAAAAAGAUUGAGGAAGGAACUCGAAAGUGAAAAGCAGGUGGCCCGAGAAGAAGCCUGGGCUAAGGUUUCAGCCCUUGUACUUGAAAUGUCUGCCGCAAUUCGAGACCUUUCUAUGGAGAAACAGAGAUUUCAAGGUGCCAGAGAGAGAAUCAUUCUCCGGGAAACCCAGCUGCGUGCCUUUUAUUCGACAACUGAAGAGAUUUCUGCUUUGUUCACGAAGCAGCAAGAACAGCUGAAGGCAAUGCAGAAGACUCUGGAGGAUGAGGAGAACUAUGACAACACAUCUGUUGAUGUUGAUCUCAAUGUGAUGAAAGAAAACAUAAAUGGAUCCUUGUGGAGGAAAAGAGAGGAAGCUCAACGUAGCAAUAACACUGCAAUAGAAGCUUCUGCCGCUUUGACUCCAAAGAACACUGGUGCAGGUGAAGAUAAUGCUAGCGACGACGCCAGUGUUACUGAGAAGCAUAACUGUGAUAUCAGAAGCCAAGAAGAUGGCCACACACAGGAUGUAGAAUGUACGAGUGCUGAUAGGUCGGGUAAGGGCUUUGGUUCCGACAUUGACGGUGUCAGUACAGCACCCAUCCUGGAUGGAGACCCCAUCAACACUGAGCGGGUGCUUGGAACCGAAAGUGAGGCUGUUGAUAUUGGAUUCGGUGAACAAAAUGUCAUUUUACACAAGUGCAGCAAUCUACUACUAGCUGGUGAUACUAUGCAGCUUGAUGAUGAAACCAAUGAAAAUGGUGAACAGCUUGAAAGGGUCAAUGAUGAAAAUGGCCGCUGCUCCCAAUCAAAUAACCAGGUUGAGGUUUCAAAAGCCAUGGAAGAUACGGAAGCAGGGACAAUCAGAACAGCUGACCUUUUGACCUCUGAAGUUGCGGGGAGUUGGGCAAUCAGCACCGCUCCGUCUGUCCACGGAGAGAAUGACUCUCCAAGGAGUGGGGGCCACACAGGUGCGAGGAGUGACGAUGAAGCUGCCGCUGCUCCAUUAAUAAGCUCUUUCGAUGGUCAAGCGGCAGGGAGUCAGAAUUUACCAUCUGCAGCAGCUGCCACCAGAUUAAAUCAGGAGCGUCGGGCUUUGAAUGCCAUGAUUGGAAUCGUGGCCCCUGAUUUCAGGGAGCAGUUCUGUGGUGGCGAAGAGAGAGAUGAGAGUGGGUCCACAUCAGAUGUAGCCACUGAGGGGAGUGACCAUGGCGAUGAUGAUAACAGAGACGAUGUUACAAUGAAGGAAGACGAGGGUGAGAACAUGUCUGAUGCAGAUGUUAAGGAGGUCAGAAACCACGGUGAUGAUGAUGAUGAUGAUGAUGAUUCAACCGAAGAAGAUUCAGUUGGAUGAGAAUGUUGGCUAGCAGAUGGGGCAGAAGAUGCUUCUGACAGUCAGAUGCAGGUGAGGAUGGACUGAAGCUGUAGAUACAUGGAGUAGAGCUUCUCUUGGUCUGUUGUAUAUUUCAGGACACUGAUCAUGGAAUGAAUGAAGCUCUGUUUGCCAUCUAGAUCUGCCAAGUGCAUUCAUGCCAGUGUACUUUCAAGGUAUCUGCGCCUCACUCAUGCUGCCAUGGCAAACAUGAGAUGCGCCCCACCAUGAACGUUCACUAGCCCGAAAAUCAAGUUAGUCCACUGAUACUUGUAGAUGACAAUUGGCAAGUGGCCAGCAGUCCAUGAUCAAUGUGCAUUUGUGGCCCACUAGAUCAGCAGACGAACCGAUUUUGGGGCCAGGGCAUGAAUAUGGAUAUAGGUCACUCAGUCGGAGUAAAAGAAUGAUUGAAAGUUGUCUUAUUUUGUGUUCCGCCCCACCAUGUCAUGAUGUAAGCUGUUCACCUCGGUCCCAUGACAUAUUACUGGCAUGGGUAAAUCUCCCCCCAUGGGAGAUCUUUGCUGUCUGUAUUUAGGUGAGCUGGAAAUUUUUCUCUUGGAUAGCUGUUCCUUGUUCAUUUUAUGUGAACGGUUGUAAUCAGAUCAUUGAGAUUUCUUUUUUCCACAUGGGCGAUAUAUCAGGGAGCUUUCCAGAUGAACGGUCUGGAUUAUCA